AUGCCCUCCGCAUAUAGGGGUGUUUUUGACAUAGCGAAGUAUGGUGAUGCAGUCAACUUAGGUUUUGGUACUGCAGCUGCAGUAGUUUCAAUCGCUCUUUGUACUACACUGAAACAGUGUAUAGUAGACUCUGUACAGGAAAAACUGGCAGCAGUAAGCGAUUUUUUGCAUCAAAAGAAUAAGAAAGAAUGGGAAUUCUUCAAAAUAUUUCUCUCAGUCGAACUGAUAAUUCUAGUUGUGUUUUGGUCUGCUUUCUAUGGCUUUAUACUGUUCUUACUUGCUGAUCAGACAGGCUUAGGAUUCUUACUACUGACAUUCAUCAUGCAUAUUAUCCGAACGCUGGUUGUCCUACAGUUCUGCAAUUUUAAUAUAGUUUUAGCAAGGAGAUUUAGAGCACUAAAUGAAUGGUUGAUCACUUCAUUCAGCACAGAUAACGAGAGAAGUCUGGAUGCAGGAAUUCUGCAAACACUUAAAUAUUUCCAAAUUGACAACAGCAACAACUCAUUACCUUUUUUUGGUGGUAGUAACUUUGUUACACACCGUCAUGUUAAGGAGGAGACGCUGAAGGGAUUGGGAAAAAUUGAUUAUGUCGGAAUUGUCAUGCGUCUUACGAGCGUCAGAUUGGCGCAUAUGACGUUAUGUGAUAUUUGUAAUACCAUGAGCAACUCUUACGGCGUCCAGAAUCUUCUCGAGGUUGUGAGCUGCUUUGUGGGCACAAUCAUACAUCUAUACUUGGCGUUCGUCAGUGUACUGAACAUCAGAGACGUCUGGCCUGGACAGCAGAAAUGGCUGGUGGUUGCCAUGUACAGCACGUGGAGCCUGUACCAGGGUGUCCGCAUAGGCCUGGUAGCGUGGUCUGUCAGCGCCGUGGUGGGGGAGGCAGCACGCACAAGGCGAUUGGCCCUGAAGCUGCAGCUGCUGACCCGGGACAGAGGCGGCCGAGCGCAGCUGCAGGUGUUGGCCACGCAGGUGUACCGCAUCUGUCCCGUCUACACCGCCGCCGGGUUCUUCACGCUGGACCUGGCGCUGCUCUACACGUUUUGUGGUGGCGUCGCCGCUUACCUCGUCAUCCUGGUGCAGUUCAGCGUGUCUGGUGCCUACCAGCAAGUCAUUCCUACUAACAUGACAACUUCUGUUGAUUGUUAA